AUGUUGAAGCAUCAGAUCGUAAGGGCACGAAGCCUUUGGAGAAAGGAGGAGGAGGAAGAAGGAGAACCAGAGGAAACGGAGAGACCAGCAAACUAUGAGUGCUGUUUUGAAACUCAAGAUUCAAAUGGAGGAUUCGAUGACUCUGGUGUGUUGGUUAGGGGAUUUGAUACUUCUCUUGCUAGGAAUGAUAUCAAGAGCGCUGUGUGGAAACAUUUUGAGUCAGGUGGAUGUGAAGUCUCUAGGGUUUUUGUUCCCAUAGAGUGUCACACCAGUGUUCCCUUGGGAUUUGCUUUCGUUGACGUGGAUGAUAAUGAAAAGGCCUUAUAUUUGGGUGGUUGUUACGUGGGAGAAUGUACGUUUCAUGUUGUUAUGGCUGGAAGUCAAAAGGAAUCAUGUUGCUUCCCUAACUUUCGUGGGUGUCGAGAUUGUGGUACUUUUCUUAUUAAGCGCCGUCGGGAAAGACGGCUCCAGAGCAGGUGGGAACGUUGGUAG